ACCGCUUCCUGUUUCCUUCAGCACUGAAUCAUGAAUAACAUCACAGUAACAUGUGGGGACAUUCAGACCUCUCUGGGGUUUCUGUAUGCGGUUUCUUCUGCCAUCUUCAAUCAAACACUCAAUCCUGACUGUGAGCAGAGCUGGUAUUCAGAGGAUGGAUUUAAGAUCGCAGAUCCAUCAGUUCCUGAAACACUGAUUGAUCCUGUUAUUUCAGUCUCAUCGGAUCGUCUCGUCACUUGUCGCUGUGUGAAUCUGAGUCAUGAGAUCAUCUGCGAUUCUGUGAAAUCUAUUCAUUACAGUCAUGUGACCAUGUUCAGAGUGAGGAAUGAAACUGCAACAACUCCAGAUGUUCUGGAUGAUGUGACUCUGUCUCUCCAGCACUCAGAUCAGUUCUGGUGGCUGUUUGCUCUCUUCAUCAUCAUCAUCAUCAUCAUCAUCUUCAUCAUCUUGAUGUGUUUUAUGCUGCGGAAAGAGAUCUUCAGAUGUUUUCCAAAAGCAGCACCAUCUGUCCAUCAGUGCAAUGAUUCAGGAAACAGGGAUCCUGAAACUGGUGUCCAAAUAAAGGUCAGAUCUGAUGCUCCUGAUUCACUGAAUCACUCUGAAUCUGAUCAGUUCAGUGGCUCCGUGUCCAGAGGAUGAUCAGGAUCUGCCGGUCUGAAUUAACAUGAUUCUCAGGUCAAUUUGUUAUUGACUCAACUGAAGCGUCUCUGACGUCUACAUCUGUUACAGUAUAAAUCACAAACUCAAAGAUAUCAGGCAUUUGCGACUCGCUUUUCUGCACUCAAUGAUGAAAUACUGAUGCCAGUUUCUUCAUAACUGGUGUUUGAAAUCUCAGUACGUUAUUUUUUUAAAAAACACUUUUUAUAGCAAACAUAUUAUAAUACAACUCUGUAUGACAUAAGUUUCUUAUUUUCAAAUAAGAUAUAAAAUAUUUUCUUAUUCUAUGAAAAGCUAUGCAUUUUUACUUGUUUUUCUACCUGCCAGUGAUAAUUCCACAAGAAAACUGUGCUGUUACUGAACUGAAUCAAAAUUGAAUCAAACUGAGCUGAUAAUGACUCUUUUAGAGCUGCUUUACUGAAUCUGUGUUUGUUUAGACCUAGAACAGAACUAGAGCGGUAAAUGACAAGUUAAAUCUGUGAUCAAUUCAAUUAAUAAAAAAUAAAUGACA